AUGCCAAAAGAAGAAGUCUACGAUCUUCAUCCUCACGGUUGGGAGAACGACCCAGAAGUAGAGAGAUUCAGAGUCUCUACCCUAGAUUAUUUGACGUGCCAAACAUAUAACCACUAUGCCGUAUUCUUCCGCCUAGACGAUGCCGCCAAACCAAGAGUGAUCGAAGUUCUGAAAGCAGGCCUUGAGAGAACGCUUGCUCAGGUCCGCCAGUUGAACGGAAGAAUCGAGAAAGACCCUUGGGGCGACUACUCCUUCACCAAAAGAAAGGACUCGACCGUCCGCUUCGUCGUUCAAUGGCUUGAUACCCCAGAGGAUGCCGACAAGUAUCCGUCCUUCGAUGACAUCGAGAAAGCCAACUUCAGCGCCGUAUCCCUCAGCGAUCUCAGGCUCUGGGCCGUGUCACCCAUGACUUACGGCGAGAGGCCCGAGGCGACUCCGGAACAUAGUCCCGUCACGGCGGGCUUCAAGGCAAACUUCGUCCGCGGCGGACUCGUCUUCAGCACGCAUCACCAUCAUUACUCCCAAGACGUCAUGGCCUGGGCCGGCUUCAUCCACCAGCUGGCCGAGAAUUGUUCUGCGUUUAGCAAUGGCACUCCCUACCCUUCGUGGGACCCGGCCUGUAAUGAUGUCUCCCGCUUUCUCAAGCCCGAGCCUCCAGAGGAAGAGAAGGUUGAUGGACCACCGCCGCCUGACAGACACCCAAACCACAAAGUCGGAAUCUGCCUUCUCUUCCAUCUGCCAAAGAGUAAAGCCGCUCAGCUGAAAGACCUUGCAAAGCCCGAGAACGGUACGUGGAUCUCGACCUACGACGCCUUUUCUGCCUUCAUGUGGCGGCACAUGACUCGUCUCAGAGCCCCGGUGUUCAAGACUCCGCCAGACUCAAAGCUCUUCUGGUGCGAGACCAUCGACAUGCGUCGACGUCUGCACAGCGCAAAGGUUCCCGCUCGCACUCAGCAAAACGUCAUGUACGUGGCCAUGUCUACGACGGCACCCGUGGAACAACCCACGGUAUCGGAGCUCAUCUCAGACUGGCCCUUCUGGCGGUUAGCUCGGUAUGUGCGACAGCUGACGGACAGCGUGACGCAAGAAAGUCUCGACGAAACGCUCAAGAUGGUGGCGACGAUCCGCGUGAAGUCGAGUCUCAACUCAAGAAUCGAUUCGCAUCCGCCCAUGUCGACCAUUGUGGUAGACCACCGUGACGCCAAUAUUCCUUCGGCAGACUUUGGCUUCGGGAAGCCUGCGACUUAUCGGUACUUAAUGGGUCGAAUCUCUGAGGGAGGCGUGCUUGUCUACCCGCCUCGGGAUCCGAGGCCUGAGUCAGAUGAGGGACCGGAGAUUGCCAUCAUGUACGAGAAGGAACUGGCUCAGGCGCUCAUCGAGGACUCUGAGUGGAACAAGUUCUUCGAAUACAGGGGCGUUGAUGCCGAGCAUACCGAGGUGUAG